AUGUCUUCGCCCGCAGAUCAUAAGCCGUCGAAGCAGGCGUCCAAGACACCACAGGUUCCACGGCCUAGCUCGAGCGUCCUGCUCAUCUCCCCAACGAAUCAGGUCCUGCUCCUCCACCGCGUAUCGAAAGCCUCGAGUUUCGCAUCUGCCCAUGUCUUCCCUGGCGGCGCCCUAUCCAAAACCCACGACGGCGAGAUCCCCGACGAAGACCACCCCGGAAGACAUCAAGAUGGGCCUGCAUAUCGCAUGGCAGCCGUACGGGAGACAUUCGAGGAAUGCGGCAUCCUACUCGCCAAGAGCAAAAAGACAGGGAAGCUGUUCACCGAGAUAAGCGACGAAGAACGAGAGCAAGGCCGAAGAGAUGUACACGGUGGAAAAAUCAAAUUCGGAGACUUGUUGGAGAAAUGGGGUGCAGUUUCCGAUACCGAAGCUUUGAUUCCGUUUACUCGCUGGGUAACGCCUCCCAACGUGCCCAAACGCUUUACUACGCAGAUGUACAUCUAUUUCCUACCCCUUGGCUCCGUAUCGCCGACGAAGCACGCCGCGCCUAAGGGUACGCCGCCGUCUUCGGGAUUGGAAGAGGAGGACGAGAUUGUCAUACCCAAGCCUACACACGAUGGCGGUAUUGAGCACACCGCUGCCCGCUUCCUGCCACCUAACAAAUGGAUUGACCUGGCGCGGCAAAACAGGAUUAUUCUCUUCCCACCACAGUUUCUGCUUACCUUGCUGCUGGCUCCGUACUUAGCUUCAAGUGUCACAUCGCCUUCUUCACCCACACCGAGUCUGGAGGAGCUACAACUCGAGCGCGAGAAGUGUCUUGACUUCCUACAAAAGCCGCGCAUGUAUGACGGGAAGCCUGAAGUGUCUUUUGCUGAAGCUUGCAUAUCCCCACUUGCUCUGGGCAAAGGAGAGUACGGGCAGGCUGGGCAGGAUGGGGUUGGCGGCGUAGAUAAGAACACUGCUGUUUUGGUGCUUGAUCGGCCGGGAAAAGAGAUUGAAAGCCAGGGACAGGGGAGAGCGGGACUCAGGGAAUGGGUUGUUACAACGAAGUUCAAGAAGGAAGGGCCACGGGAUGUGGAUGUUCGGAGGAGGGAGGAGGUGUUGGGGAACAAGAUACAAGGGAAGCUAUAG